GUAUUCUCCGUACUACGAGAUCAAGAAGGACUUCAAAGAUCUUGCAGUUCCUAUGCUCUUCACGGAGUUUGGCUGCAACCUGGGUGUCUUCAAGACCAAGUGUCCGUACCCCGAUGGCCGAACCUGGCCCGAAGUGAAGCAUCUGGUUGGAAAGGACAUGGGUGAGAUUAUCAGUGGUGCUAUCGCCUUCCAGUUCUCCAUGGACAAGGAAGAGUAUGGGUUGACACUCUCUCCGAAUUUCCUGGUCAACCAGACGGAGUUGUACCUGCUUGACAACUACUUCAAUCUGCAGAAGGUUUUCCACGAGUACAACGUGAGCUCGCAAUGGGACGCGAGCCCUUCAGAGGUGGCUGAGUGCAACUUCACGCCCUCCGAAGUGCACGUCUUGGAGGACAAGCACCACAGGCCGACGUGCCCCAGUGAGGCCAUCUGGAUGAAGAUCAUGAGGAAGCACCGGGUCGACAAUUUCUCCAACUGGACGCAGAUUCCGCCAAGUCCCGAUGCGUCAGAGACUGCCCUGUGGCAUGUUGGUGGCCAGGCCGAGUGCCCGGCGGAGACAAUUUCCGUCGCCGUGCAGAAGAACAACGAGUGUCAUGAACAUGGCACCGCCGACCGUCUGUAG